AUGAGUCUUAGAAAUAAGCCAUGCGUGAGGUUUGAUCUAACUCCAACGUACAUCCCACGACCCGACCCAACCACAUACCGUUACAACAUCUCGAUUGAAGAAAACUUUCCGGGACUUGACUUCAAACAGUCUGUCAAACGGAUCAAGCAGCUACUACAUAACCCAAGUGUUAACUUUGUUAUAACUCGGUGCAUCGAAUCAAUAGAGAAGUCUGUAGGAGAAGACGAAAUGGCAAUGCGCCGAUUGUCACAAGCAAACACUGCAGCAUCGAGCGCUCUGAUUAAUGAAUCAGAGAGGACAGCCAGGAGCAGAUAUUUGAGCGCGAUAACCCUUGAGACUAAAGAGUGGUACAGAGCGAGGAUAGAGGAGAUGGCCGAUAAAAGGAUCAGAAAAUGUCGCUUGGCGCCAAUGGUAAGAGUCAAAGAGAUCGAGAGGAUCGUGCGCGAAGACGACUACGACGAAUACGAAGAGUAUGAAAAUGAGGAUGGGACUGGAUUCGUGUUAAAGAAGCGGUCGCUUUCAGAUAACGAAGAAACUUUGGAAGAAUAUGAAGAGCGCGUCAAAACCAAGAGUAGCCACACCGUUAUGCGUCGAAAAAGGAGAUUGCCGAAGCUAUGA